ACUAAGAUCACGGGAAGAUGGGAAAAGGAAAGAUGAAGAAUAAAAACCCCUCAAAAAAAAAAAAUUAAAAAAAGAAAAGAGAGAGAAAAAAGAAUCCCUUUUUCUUUUGCUUCCCUUUCGAUUUGAACCUUAAGCCGUCUCCUCCUCCGCCGGGGCGUCUCCUCAUCCCCCGAAUGAGCGCAUAACAACCCAAUCGCGGAACCCGAAAGGGGAAAUUUUUAGGUUCUGUGCUGAAGAAAUGGGGGCAGAUGGGGGGGCGCUGGUGGUGCUCAACGUCUACGAUCUCACCGACAUCAACAACUACACCUAUUGGUUCGGUUUUGGGAUCUUCCAUUCGGGCAUUGAAGGUCAAAGAAUUCAUGACAAGGAAUACGGCUUUGGAGCUCACGAGUUCCCAGCAAGUGGGGUGUUUGAAGUGGAGCCGAGGAGCUGCCCAGGUUUUAUAUACAGAUGCUCCAUUUCAUUGGGCCGUGUAAACAUGCCUUCAACCGUGUUUCGGACAUUUAUUGAGAACAUGGCUUCUGAAUACCAUGGAGAUACAUAUCAUCUCAUCUCGAAGAACUGCAACCACUUUACUGAUGAUCUCUCUCGAAGAUUGACUGGAAGGGGAAUCCCGGGGUGGGUGAACAGGCUCGCAGGGAUAGGUGCUGUAUGCAGCUGUCUUCUUCCCGAAAGUCUUCAAGUAACAAGUGUUAAACCGUCACUGGAGUAUCAUGAUAAUUCAGAGGAAGACGGGUUGGAAUCCUUGUCUACCACCACUCCUCAGGAAUCGACUGAAAUAGACGAUGCUGAUCCCGAGCAGCACCUUCUAUCAUCUCCAACCACAAGUUCAGAAGUAUCUUUCGUUAAAGAGCCGAGAGUUUGAAGCUUUAGCUUGAAAGGGACACCAAAGUUGCCCUCCGAGGAUGUGUCUGUUGUAACGUUUGUUUUAUGUUGUUUUCAGGGGGGAAAUGCAAGACCUCUCUAAUUUGUUCAUUGUGACAUUUAUUGUAUUUUAACCUUCAACCCCACCCUCCCCUUUUUUUCAUUUUCUUUUGGCUUUUCCGUUCUUCCUCUUUGUUGGGUUUGAAUUGACAAUGUGUUCUCUGGCAUUGAUUAUGAGGGAAACUCUUACAUGUUAUGUGA